UACAAGCAAUUGCUAGUACAUUUGAAAUCAUAUUUUCUCUAUACUGGAGUUUAUCCUGAAGAUGAGUUGAUUAAAAUCUCAAAGCCCAUUAAAUUUUGGAUUGCUGAAGGAUUUCUAAGACCAGUAAGUGGGAAAAACUUGGAAGAAAUAGCGAAAGAGUAUUUAAAUGACCUUAUUGGUAGAAAUCUCCUUCUGAUUGAUGAUUUGGAUAGCAUUGGAAACAUGAAGUACUGCAAAAUUCAUGACUUGUUGAGAGACUUGUGCUUGAGAGAAGCUAAAAAAGAAAGGUUUUAUAAUACCUUAUCAGAUAAUGAAGCCAUAAACGUCUAGCCAUCUAUGUCACAAGCUCGUUCUAUGACGUGGGAUGUUCGACAAAAACUAUCAUCGCGCAGUAUGAGCUUAUUGAGGAUAGUGGACUCAAGGAGAUUCCAACCGGUUGAAGAUUUGUUUAAAAACAUGGAUCAAUUAGUUAACUCACGUUUCCUUGAUAUAUCUUCUUACAUAAUGAAAAAGUGGGAUUUCCCUUCUUCAGUUUGGCGAUUUUGGAAUCUACAAACACUAAUCGUUUACAACCACAAAGGGGUUAUAACUGCGCCAACUGAUUUUUGGCACAUGCCUCACAUCAGGCAUGUGGAGUUUGAUGAGCUUCGUCUCCCCGAUUCUCCUAACAACCAAGACGACAUUGUUUUGAGAAAUCUGCAGAAGUUGGGGACCGUAUUAGAAUUCAAGUGCAGUGAACGAGUGGUUAAAAAAAUUCCCAAUAUAAGAAAAUUGGUGUUUUCAUAUAUGGGAACACUUGAUGGUUGUCUCAGCAAUCUCGAUUAUCUCACUAAACUUGAGUCCAUGGAGUGGAACCUUUCUCGAAGGAGUGCAAUCAACUUUUCCUGUUCGCUCAAGAGGUUGGUUCUUAAUAGCAUCGGAUCGAGAUAUUGCUGGCAAGACAUUUUGGAUAAGGUAGUUGUGUUGCCACAUUUUCUGAAGCUUACACUCCUUUGGGGGAGGUUCAAGGAAGGGAAAUGGGAAACAACUGAAGGCCAAUUCCGCAGCCUCAAAUUCUUAAAUCUUGUGUUGUGUCUAAGUUUAGAGAUAUGGGCAGCAAAAAGCUCUCACUUUCCAUGCCUUGAGCACCUUGGUCAUGAUCAAGCAGAUAAGUUGAGGGAGAUCCCUUUAGAUUUUGCAGAAAUAGCCACACUUAGAGAAAUUGUUGUGGACGGUUGCAACGAUUCGGUUGUGGUUUCUGCUAAAAGAAUAUUAGAGGAACACGAUGACUAUUACGGGGAAGGAGCCCUCCGGAAGAAGAACAAAGCAGGAGUACUGGAUAGUCCUAACUUUCGUGUUAGACGCUGAUAAGGUACACAAAAGAAAUAUUAGAAUAGGUUCAAAUUGAUUCCAUUCUUGCUUUGGAUUUGUAAUAUUUGAGUGAUAGAUUAAGAGAGAUGGCCAUUGUUGAGUUGAAAGAAUCAAGAACUAUGUAUUUCUGGGAAAUUUUAAUUUUUCAUUCAAACAAAUAUUACUUAUGUGUUGCGGGAUGUUAAAUAUUUUGAGUCAUAUAUGUGUUGUAGUUUUAAUCUGUUGAGCUAGGAAAUUAGGUCUAGAACUGUAAUGAAGUCUUUGUUCUUCUUGAAAAUAAAAUAAUGUUAAGUUCC